AAAAAGUAGUAAUUUACCAUGAGUGCCCUGGAAAAUACGCUCCAGAUUGAGAUUAAACUGGAAAAGGAGAAAACAAAUCAAGCAUUACUGAAGGACCAUGUCGAGAAGUAUUCCGAGCUAACGCAAUCCAUGUCCAAGAUUCUGAACUCCUUCGAGCAGAGGUUAGGGAAGCUCGAACAUACUAUACUGCCUGUGUACAACAUUACCAAGAAUUUACAGAAACAACAGCAAAAUCUUGAUAGUACACUGCAAUAUAUGGAACAAGUGCUGUCACACUACGACGCUUCGCAGGACGUAUGCAACCUCAUUCACCAAGGACCGUCGGAGGGCAACAUCGGUUCGUUCCUGGAUGGGUUGAACAAGCUGAAAAAGGCAAAAGAUUACUUCCUGAACAACAAUCCGCAGAGCGUUGAGCUGGAGAACGUUACCAGCCUGUUCAAUAAUGGAUGCGAAACCCUCAAUAAUCAUUUCAAAUCGUUGCUCAAAAAGCAUAACUCUCCGUUGAAACCAGUUGACCUGUUAGAUAUGAUCUACAUCGAAGAAGAUUCAUCGAAUGAAGAUUGUCCCUCAAUCAAACAGCUCCCUCCGAGUGCACGAGAAGAGCUGAACGUGAUUGCACAAUGGUUGGAUAACAAUUUGCGACGCGAGUACGUGCAAAUAUUUGGCGACGAACGGUCGGAAGUUAUUAUGCGAUCGUUGCAAAAUUUAAAAGAUCAUCAAAAAAGUGGUAGCUGGGGAAAUGAGCCGCUGCGCACAAGGCACGGCUAUGGACGGGCGGAAAGUGGCGUUAAGAAAACAACGUCUGCCCGGUUGCAGCAAAUAUUCGAACGGAAAGCUAAUAAAAUGUUCAUGAAAGCUUCCCAAACCCUCGGUCAGUCGGCGGGAUUAGCAAUGAGAAAAAAUUCUUCUUUCGGAGAUAUUCUGGCAGCGGAAGAGUACGGGAACGACAAUGAUCAGGAGCUGGAAAAGUAUCUCGUACUGCUGCUGGGUCUUCAGAAGCUGCUAGUAUGGGAACGACAGCUGCUGAACGAUAUUGUGCCAACGUCCCGGCACAAUGAGGUUUUCUCCAGAUUGUCCCAACCAUCGAUCGAAAUGGUGGUAAAAGAUGCGGAACAAAUAACUUCUAAAGUGAUGCGAAGCAUCGGACGGAAGGAAUGGUCCGCUGCACUUGGCAUAUUUUCCGCCCUCAAGCACGUUCAAAUUUUGCAACCCGACAUCGAUCGUAUUUGUGACGCGACUCAGAAGCAACAGCUGUCGGGUGUACUGAACCGUUUGCAGCAAACCGCUUCGAAGGGUUUGGAACAGUUUAUUGAAUCCGUACGCAAUGAUUCCGGUGGUGGCGGUAUGGUCAGCAUGACGUCCAGUACGAUAAGUUACGGUGGUGGUUCGAACGUUCCACGCGACGCAACGGUGUACGAACUGACUUCAAACACGAUCUGGUUCUUGGAGCAGCUGCAGGAGCAUUGCGACACUAUCGGAGGAUUGCUGCAAACGGAGUCCAUCUACACGAACGAUCUUGAUCGUAUCGCAUCGCAAAAAGCACUCUCAAUUGAACAGAAAAAUAAGGCUCUGUUGGGGAUUUACGUCCGGAAAGUAUUGGCCGAAUUGAACUACACAAUUGCAACGAAAUCGGAACAGUACAGUGAUGCGGCAACGAAGCAACUCUUCAAGCUAAACAAUACCCACUACAUCUUGAAGUCACUGCAACGUUCCAGUCUGAUCGAAAUCGUCGCCCUGACUGAGCACGAUUGCGAGCGUCGCUAUCAGAAAAUGAUUCAAGAUCUAAAGAAGGCGUACCUCGGAUCGUGGUCCAAGUUACUGUCCUUCAUACAUCCGCUGGACGAUAUGCCACGGCCGAUCAAUGGUAAGGUGAAGGAUAAGGAACGAGCCACCAUUAAGGAUCGGUUCUCGAACUUCAACAAGGAGCUGGAUGACGCGGUUAAAACACAGCGUGCCAUCUCGGUGCCGGAUGUGCUGCUACGGGAGGGCAUCAAACGGGACAAUAGUGAACACAUCGUUCCGAAGUAUAAUACGUUCUUUGAAGUAUAUUCCGAUGUGCAGUUUAGUAAGAACAUCGACAAGUACGUAAAGUAUCGUCCAUCGGAUGUCGCAACCAUGCUGAAUAGCUUCUUCGAUGAUACGGUUUAAAGUAUUAAUUAUAUUGUAUU